CCCUUCAUACGCCGCUUCCAUUUCGAGACUCAUCGUAGGGUUAGGUUUUCUCACUUUUCGGCCAUUUGGGUUGACUGCGUUCCUUGCUUCAUGUGUCUAGUGGUUGGACGAAUCGCCACGAGGCCAGUUCGCCCGCAUUUCCUCAAGUCAUCCAAAGGUCGACAUCUCUUUACUACUUGCCAUGUUUCCCAGUCUUUACAGAACGCUAGCUAUUCCAAAACACUCCUCUUGCCGAAGACUUCGUUUCCGCUCUGGGUGAACUCAGCACAGUCCGAGUCGUUAUUUAAAAAGAAGACUUGCGAAGAGCUGUAUCGAUGGCAGGCUCAGAAUGUGCAUGGACCACUCUUCGUUCUGCUCGACGGCCCUCCUUAUGCGAACGGUCACCUUCACAUAGGACAUGCUUUAAAUAAAAUUAUGAAAGACAUCAUCAACAGGUACCAAGUCUUGACCGGUCAUCAAAUACACUACCACCCUGGCUGGGACUGCCAUGGUUUACCUAUCGAAAAUAAGGCUCUGCAGGAGUUAAAGGCGCGUAGUUCUUUCCCUAGCGAUGUUGCGUCGAAUGAAUAUGAAAUUCAGAAGGAUGCUCUUUCAUUACCACCCAAUGUCAUACGCGCAGCAGCCAAAGCAACAGCAGAGCGCGAAAUGAAGACGCAGCAGGAGGAAUUCGAGCAGUUUUGCAUAAUGGCCGAUUGGAGCCCAAAAACGACCUUCCGUACACUUGACCAUGACUAUGAAAUUCGUCAGCUUCAGGUAUUUCAACAAAUGGUCGACCAAGGUCUUAUUUACCGGCACUACCGACCAGUACAUUACUCUCCCUCAUCGCAUUCCGCUCUUGCCGAAGCGGAGCUCGUCUAUAACGAUGAUCAUGUCUCGUAUUCAGCCUAUGUGACCUUUCCGUUGGACUCGCAGACUACAAUCGCGAGCACUGCUCUCCGAGAAGUCUUGGCCAAGGAGCCUUCGGCAAAUUUGCUAGUAUGGACCACUACACCUUGGACUCUAACAGCAAACAUGGGCAUUGCCGUUCAUCCCGAAUUGAUUUACAGUUUCGUGCGCUCAUCUGUCAAGGAGGAUGCUCUCGUUGUUGCUAAAGAUCGUCUUGUCGCGCUGGAGCACAUCAUCGGACCCCACGAAGUUAUUGCUGAAAUCAAGGGCGCAGAUCUGGUGGGCGCGCAAUUCCGCUCCAUCUUCUCUCCAAUCCAUCCGUCUGGCUCAAUGAGUGCAAAUAUCAUUGCGGCAUCUCAUGUCACAUCGGAGUCUGGAUCUGGUCUGGUGCACUGCGCCCCUGGACAUGGCGCAGAAGAUUACCUGGCGUUCCGAGCAUUAGGCCUUCUGCAAGGCCCCACGGAUAUCAUAUGUCACGUUGACGAUGCUGGCAAAUUUUCUCUUGGUGUUGCUCAUGUCGUAGGCGAAGAAGCUGCACAAACACUAGUAGGUCAAGAGGUACUCAAGGGUGGAAACAAGUCUAUCAUCAGACUACUGGAGUCCAUCGGGUCCCUUGUGAGAGUGCAGAAGAUCAAGCAUCGCUAUCCGUAUGAUUGGAAGACUGGUGAACCUAUCAUUGUAACGGCCACCUCGCAAUGGUUUGCCAACCUGGAUGGCAUCAAGGAUGAUGCACUCCAUGCGCUGAAGGAUGUACAGUUCUAUCCGCCGUCAUCUCGCAAUCGACUGGAGUCAUUCGUUCGCUCGCGUUCCGAAUGGUGCAUUUCUCGCCAGCGAGUGUGGGGUGUCCCGAUCCCGGCUCUGUACCACACCCCGACGGAUACCGCUGUCCUCUCAUCCGAAUCCCUCACUCACAUAUUGCGUGUUCUAUCUGAGCGAGGCGUCGCUCAUUGGUGGGAAGGUCCAGUCGAAGACUUCCUUACCCCAGAGCUGCUCGCCAAUUUCGCAGGCGGGCCUGAAGCUUGGCGCAAAGGCACGGACACAAUGGACGUCUGGUUUGAUAGCGGGUCAAAUUGGAGUACACUGAGCGCGCCUACAGGCGAGCGAAAAUAUCGGGCGGACGUAUGUCUUGAAGGCACAGACCAGCAUCGCGGGUGGUUCCAGAGCCAGUUGUUAACCUCAGUGGGUGUUAGCUCCGGACGAAGUGCUGCAAGGCCAGUGAGCCCAUACGGAACGCUGAUCACGCACGGUAUGGUACUUGAUGAGGCAGGCAAGAAGAUGAGUAAGUCCCUCGGAAACAUCGUCAGCCCGAUGACUAUCAUUCACGGUGGCAAGGAUAAGAAGAAAGAACCUGCGUAUGGUACCGAUGUCCUCCGCUUAUGGGUAGCAACUGUCGAGUACUGGCGAGAUAUGUCUAUUGGACCCACAGUUCUUGCACAGUGUGCGGAAUCUAUGAGGAAGAUCCGUAAUUCUGCUCGGUUCAUUCUUGGAAAUAUUGGUACAACUAUUCAACGAAAGCACUUUGUCCCUGUUGAACGCAGCGAACUGGGCUUGGCAGAGCGCUUCGUGAUGAACGAGCUUUACAAACUCGAUCAAACAGCUGCAGAGGGAUAUGCAAACUACAAUUUCCCGAAAGUCAUGAGUUCCUUGACCAACUUUGCAAACAUCACGUUGUCAUCGCUCUACUUUGAUAUCAGGAAGGACUGUCUCUAUGCCAAUGACAUUCAGAGUGUCGAGAGACGGGCGGUUGUAACUACCCUCGCCAAAGUCCUCGACUAUAUGACCUCCGUAAUGGCCCCAGUACUACCUUACCUAGCAGAAGAAAUCCACAGUACUCUCCACGGAGGUGAUGAAGCUGUGUCCCAGCUAUCCGUCUUUACGAAGAAGUGGACUCCCGUCAGCGCUGAGUGGAGUGAUCCGCAUGCCGAACAAGAUAUGGCGAGUUUGCUGAGGAUGCGCAGCGUCGUGCUAUCUCUUUUGGAAAGGGCUCGAGGGGAUAAGCAUCUGAAGAGCUCUCUCGAAGCUGACGUCGAUGUUAUCUUACCCAACGAUAUAUCCGUGCAACCCUAUUUGCUACAGUUGAUCGAACGCGAAGAGACGUUCCUGAAGACGCUGUUCAUCGUUUCUGAUGCCAAGAUCACGGACGAAAGUUCUCUCGGCACUAGUUCAUUCGCAUGGUCCUAUGUCUCUUCAAUGGAUAUACCCGACUCGGACUUAGAGCUAGUGAUUCGCAUUAGACCUGCAUCUUCGAGCAAGUGUCCACGGUGCUGGACGUAUACUCGUGAAGAGCAGCAUGAUUUAUGUCCCCGCUGUGAUGAUGUUGUUCGACGUUUAGAUUAGAUUGUUGGCCGAUACAGUACACACACACACACACAUAAAGACCACGAUAAUAAUCCCACCUCUUGCACUUGACUGGCACUUUGGUACAUUCUGCACCACGUGCACGGCGUUAAGCUUAAGUCUUGUAUGCCAAAUCCAGCUUAAGGCUU